UAGAGGAGGAACUCAAGAUGAGAAUGUUAUCAUCGUUUGGGCUAACGAUUUAAACGUUUAAAAAGUAAUUCUUUUCAGGUAGAACGUAUUGAGUAAGACACUAAAAUAUGUCCAGCAAGUGUACACUACUUAAGGUAGUUCUUUUGGGUGAUGGAGGUGUAGGAAAAUCUUCCUUAAUGAAUAGAUUUGUAAGCGGGAAGUUCGACAGUCAAUCAUUCCAUACCAUCGGAGUAGAAUUCUUGAACAAAGACGUUACACUAGAAGGAGAAAUGUUUACUCUUCAAAUUUGGGACACAGCUGGCCAGGAACGGUUUAAAAGUCUCCGAACGCCAUUUUAUCGAGGAUCAGACUUGUGUCUUUUAGUUUACUCCGUAGAUGACGUGAAAAGCUUCACUAACUUGUCGAUGUGGAAGAAAGAAUUUCUGUACUACGCAGAUGUAAAAGACCCGGAGAAUUUUCCAUUUAUACUUUUAGGCAACAAGGUGGAUGUCGAAAGCAGAGCUGUGCAACAAGAGGAUGCCGAUAGUUGGUGUAGGCAGAAUGGAGGGGUUCCUUAUUUCGAGACGAGCGCCAAGGAUUCAACGAAUGUGAACGAGGCAUUCCUUGCUGCAGUGAAAAGGCUGAAGCAUAUGGAGCAGCAAAGUAAAACCAAUCGAAGCGGAUUUACCGCUACAGGGGGAGUGAAUUUAGCAAAUGUUAAAAAGGAUAAAAGUUCUGGUUGUUGCGACUGAGCUUUAGCUCGUGUUACAACAUCUAAGAUUUAUAGGAGUACUUUUAUAAUACAGAUGAAACCCAAAUACAGAUAAAGAAGUGUGCGAAGGGGAUGAAGGAGUCAAAAGAGGUCUAACCUUUGUCGCAGGGAUUUAAACUCACUUUCAUGGAUGUGCCAGAAAUUUUGUACUCUUGGAAAAAUGAGCUGAUUAUUUUGAAUUGCAAGGCUGUUGAUGGGUGGCAAGCAUUUCCAGGAGAGUCAAAAACAUGGCGGCCAUUGUGGUGCCGUUAACAAUGGAUGCUAAUGAGAAGUCUUUGGUUAAAUGGCACCAACAUGGCCGCCAUGACAUAAAGUACAAUCAAAGAAUUACCAAUGUACCUUGUUGGUGUCAAACUGUACAGUCACAGAAUGCACCAGUAGUUGAACCUUGAAGCUAAGGAGAGAACCAGCAAACCACUCUACUCACAUACAACGAAAAGUCCUGGGAUCGAACCUGAGUCGUAUUGGUGAGAGAUGAGCCUUCUCAUUACACUGCUAUUCCACCCACCAUGGAAUUGGUUGAGCUCACUAACAUUGCAGUAAACAGAUUUGUAAAAUAUUUUAUAAAAAACAAAUUUUGUUUAGUAGUCCAACAUGGAUUAAGGAACAAUCAGAUUAUAGCUGUGCUGCAGUGUAACUAUUUUUGUGUGAAACCCUUCUCAAUCGUAUACUAUUUAUUUUUAUUCAUACUGAAUUUCCAAAUAUAAAUCCUUGAAAAGUAUCCAUUUCUUUUUUGCAAAAACCUUAUCGAGUUUGAACUAAAAUACUUUAAUAAGUACCUUAGUAGAAUGUCUGCAAAUUAUAAGCCCCAGAUCUCUGGCAUCAUAUGGCUUAUUGCUUCACGUAUGGCUUAUUGCUUUAUUUACUUGCAUUGAAAUUUUACUGGAAUAAUCUUUAGGGAUCUAAUAUCUUAAUUUAAAAAACACUGAUUAAUUUUUUUUCUUGAUAUACUGAUGCAGAGUAUUAUAUUUUUACAAAUCUUUAAAGGAGUUAGUGAUGUUGUCUACUCCAGACCAAACAUUGCUCCACUCUAACUUGUUUGAGAUAUAAAUGAAUUAAAAUUGUGGAAUGCUUAAAA